CUUCAGGUCAGCUGACAAGAUGGCGGGAAAGUACGGAAAGCUGCAUCUUCUUGGAUCUGGCAGUUUUGGCCAAGCGUGGCUUGUCACAAAUAAAGAUAAAGUGAAAAGUGUUCUGAAAGAAAUCAAAUUGACGUCGCUAUCAGAAAAAGAAGUAGACCAAGCUUUGGUUGAAGUGACAGUUCUUGCUAAGUGCCGGAAUGUGAAUGUUGUCAAAUAUCGAGAAGCAUUUGUGGAAGAAAAAUGCCUCAAAAUUGUGAUGGAAUAUGCUGAUGGAGGAGACCUACAAAAGAAAAUACAAGAUCAAAAAGGAAUUCAUUUGUCCAAAGAAAUCGUGUUCGACUGGUUUGUGCAGAUAGUGUUUGCCCUGAAGUACAUUCAUGGGAAGAAUAUCCUACACCGAGAUUUGAAGCCCCAGAACGUCUUUCUGACCAGCCAGAACAUAGUGAAGCUUGGCGACUUUGGUAUCUCCCGCAUCCUGAGGAACUCCAUGGACCACGCUGUGACCACCAUCGGUACCCCUUUCUACCUCAGUCCAGAGAUUUGCCAGAAACAACCCUACAAUCACAAGAGUGACCUGUGGGCCCUCGGCUGCAUCCUGUACGAGAUGUGCUGUCUCCGUGUGCCAUUUGAUGCUCCCAGCCUCGCCUCCCUCGUCUUGAAAAUAGUGGAAGCAAAAUAUGAGCCAGUUCCCUCGCACUAUGGCCCACUGAUUGAAGAUCUGGUUAGUGUUCUGCUCAGCCCCAAUCCUGACAAGCGCCCGUCUGCUGAACAGUUGUUGACUGUACCAAACCUUCAGCCAUACAUUGAAAGUCUUCUCAAAGGUCAUACUGAAAGAAAACGUAGCAUUUCCAUAUCAACCCCUGAGUGUGAUCCUCCCCAACCGAAAUCAUCUAGAGAGAAUCGUCAGUGUGUUCCCAGAAAUCUGGAAAAGCCUUGUCCUGUUGCGGAUAAAGUGGAUAAAGUUGUGUCACCUUUGAUAAAGGAUUGCCAGAGGCGGGGUUCAUUACCAAAGGUCAAGGUCAGAGUGACAGGCAGAAGAGCGUCUGCUCCAGCUACGUCAUAUUUCUCUGAAGUGCGUGCUUCAAGGUGUCACCCUGCUCGAAUUUUUAAUGGCCGAGUUAUUUCCCCUUGUAUUAUGGAGGAACCAAACAGCCCGGAAUCAAAGACACCAGAAAAUAAUCCACCCAAGUCGAAACGGGCAAACUAUAUUCCAGAUUUCUGCAACCCAGACGCCAAAAAGAUUCUGAUAGAAAAUAAGGAGAACAUUCCGUCAAUGCGUAAAGGGGCCCGCUUCCUGCGCCGCCACUCGCUCUUCACGCCUGCCAUCAACUCCCUCAUCAAGACACAGAGGGAGAUCAUGUCCUGUCAGGUUCCGAAACGUGUCCCCAAGGUGAAGAACGGCCCACCACCGAAAAUGAACCUGUACCGAGUUUACCUGAAUUCCCAAUCUGAGUGUGAGUCUCCAGUUACGGCAGCAACGUCCGUCAGCUACAGCACCGACGAUGAUGUGUUUGACUCUGGGCACACCCCCAUGAGCGUUGGACCAAGCAGACCCAAUAGUUCCAUCAGUUCACUCACCUACAAGAUAGACAGCAUGACGGUUGCCGAGGAACCUCCACAUGACUCCCCAUCAGCUGUUUCCAACUCCUCCAUGAAACAACUCCAAGUCCUGUACGAAUCUGUCAUCGCCAACCAUGGAAGCACACGCCAAGCUGUGGUGACCUUGACAGCCUACCUACAGGAGCAGUUGGGCGCCCAGUCAUUCCAGCACUUGUACAGUCUCGUGUUGGACAGCGCCAAGGCAGCCACGGACUUCAAGGUCUUGAGGGAGAAGGCUGGCAAGAAGAUCGUGUACAUGCCGAUGGUCAUUCAGCUGCUGCAACUGGAAAAUGCUCUUGGAUAGACGAGCAAAUCGCAACUGAUAAAUCUGUUUUUGACUCUUUGAUCUUGUUUCUGGAAUUGUUUACCUCAGCAGGGGUACCUAGUAGAUUUGUGAAAUACAAUAUAUGUUUCUUUCAACAUUUGAGAUUAUUGAAAGUCACUUCCGCACUUGGUGUUAAUGUAAGCCAAUAUGCAGUCUCUGUAACAGAAAUAUGGUAUUGACUAGAUAUAACAAGAACUCCAUGUGUCAUCGAAGCCUGUUAUGUAACUUGAUUGAAACCUAAUGAGCUAUUGAAGGUGGGGUAGUCUAGUGAUUAAAGCACUUGCUCAUCACACCGAUGACCCAGGGUUUUUUCCCUACUGUGGUACAAUGUGUGAAGCCCAUUUCUGGUGUUAUGCGCCGUGAUGUUGCUGGAAUAUUGCUAAAAGCGGCGUAAAACCAAACUCAGUCAGUCAGUCAGUCGUCACGACGACCCAGGUUUGAUUCCCUACAUUGGUACAAUGUGUAGACCCAUUUCUGGUGUUCCCCACCGUGAUGUUGCUGAAUGUGGUGUACAACAAUACUCUCACUCACUCAUGAAGCUUGGCGUUAGUCCAUGAAACCAUCUGAUAGUCAAAAGUAGAUAUCUGUUGAUGAGAUCCAGUAAGAUAUGUUGUGGUGGAUUCAGUAUUACUUUACAAACGGCAUAUAUUCAUUCUGCUUUUGGAUGAUUGUUGCCAGUGGACCUGUGAUAGAUUGUGCUAUUUUCCUAUUUAUAUUUAUCUACAAGAGUAUUACAAUGUUUAUACUUAUAUAUCAUAUUGUAUGUAUAUAUUGUAUAAGAAAGUAUUACAUAUCUGUGCUACAACAAAAGCAAAAAUAUUCUAAAAUAUUUUCAGUCUUGAUUAAACAGUGCACUCAA